GGAUUUUUCAGAUUACAGCGGAGGAAUUGGGAGUGUUGGCCCGUGACAGAAAUAGAACGCUCUGGAGAAAUAACUCAUUAAUGCGCUGCCGUUUUUCCACAGGCUGGACGUCAUGUGAGCCGGCAGUAGCCCUACAAGCACAGUUGAAUCUGCAAUACACACUUUUGCAUAACUGUUGCUAGAAGAUAGGACAAACGGUGCAGUGAAAGCCUCACAUGCUCAGUCACAUGCGAUCAAUUAGUGUCCAGGGAGAUUCCUGGUCAUGGGCAGCAUGGAGGAACCUGUAGAGGAGUACAAGUCUCCAUUCAACUUUGAGGAGGGAGUGAACACCAGCUACCUCUACCUGUCACCCAACGAGAAUUUCACCCCUUCGGGCUCUCCGGUACUGUCAUUCAGAGGGACCCAGAGGCCAGACUCCAUCCCAGAGGUGGGUGAGGAUGCAGUGAAUACAGUAGGACCCUCUGCAUCCACCACGGCCCUUACUGAGGAAGAGCAAGCAGAACUCCGCAGUGAACUAGCAAAGGUUGAAGAUGAGAUCCAGACUCUUUCUCAGGUGCUGGUGGCCAAGGAGAGGCAGAUGGCGGAGAUCAAGCGGAAGCUGGGCAUCACUCCACUGAACGAGCUCAAACAGAACCUGAGCAAGAGCUGGCAAGAAGUCACCACCUCCACUGCGUAUAAAAAGACCUCGGAGACCCUGUCCCAAGUGGGUCAGAAAGCGACAACGGCGUUCUCCAGUGUGGGCUCAGCUAUUAGUAGAAAAUUGGAGGACGUUAGUAUACGUUCCAUACAGCAUUCUGCUAGCAUGCCCGUGAUGAGGAACAAGCCCACCUUCAAAUCAUUUGAGGAAAAAGUGGAAACUUUAAAGACCAAAAUGAGCCCAACACCAUCGACGGAAGAUAAUGAAGCAGAUUCAAACUCCACACCUGACACAGAGCCAGUGGUGAAACAGCCAGAGGGAACAGUUACACCAGAUCAAGAACCCCACUGAAGAUCCAUCUGACAACCUUCUAAACCCAUCAAACCAUCCUCUCCUACUCCUCUCCCCUCUUGCUUUAUCUCCUGCGCUCCUCCUGCCACUUCACAGUUGUUUGCCAUGACAGACAGUGGAACAGUUUAAAAGGAGAUAGUGCCCUGCCCCAGUCACAUACAUUCAGAACAUGUGUUUGAAAUACCUAGCAUGCACAGGUGAUGUGCAUAUGGCAUAUCGAAAAGAUUCCAGUUUUUUAUGCUACUAUUCUCUACAUGUCUCCAUAAUUACAUUUGAGCAUUUGCUUUCUGUUAGCUGCCUCUUUUGUGUACUGGAGACUGAGGCAUCUCCAAACAGGACAUGAUGUAGGCAUACACUGGAGUGUGUGUGUGUGUGCUCACAUAAGAAUGUAAGAUGUAUGUUUCCUCGAGCACUAUAAGAGCUGUACAUCACUCAUUUCACUGCAGCAUUGACCUCUGACCCCUGCCCUUUAACCCCUAACUUUAGUUCAGUGCUGCUCGCUUUGCUUACAUGACAGACACGGGCAAUCCUUUAACAAAUGGGGUCUCUUUUUACACACACUUUUGAUGGAUAUAUCCUGGAGUGAUUAUAUAAAGUUCAAAUUAGAUUUUCUAAAUUGUUUACAAUGACACUCACAACCCACAAAAUAAACCAAAAUUCUACUAGCAUGAAUCAGUUACAUUUAGGGGUGCUUUGUGUUUGUCUACAUAUAUAGUAGUACAGUAUAUAAAGUGGUUGUGUUUUUGUCUUAUAUUUUUAAAACAAAUGCCAAAAAUGCAGAACUUCUGGAGUUCUGUGUAGUUCAUUGCGUGUAGUUUAGUCUAAUCAAAAGGUUUUGCAUACAAGUGUGUAUUGUUAGCAUUAAUUACCAUAAUACCAAAUAUGAUCAAACAAUAGUACUGUUAAAGCAUUGUAUCAUCACUUUCUUUUUCUGUGCUUUGGAUUCAUGUUCAUGGUUUAGAUGUGCUAGAGAGCUUGUGUCAUAAAGUGAGGAAACGUGAGUGGUACAGCGUGCUUCAUGUGACUUCAUUUCUCUUUAUUUAUGUAAGGCUUUUGUUCUUGAUGGUACUGCUGUUGCUUUUUUGAGACAGGGACUGACGACAUAUAAUCUAGAAACUGUCCAGAUUAAGAUUGUCUUUAACACACCAAAAAAUGAGUGUUAAUCUGAAAUUAUUAUCUUGCCUUUCAGCACAACUUUAUCAUAUUUUUAAGCACUAGUUACAGUAUUUGUGUUUCAUUGAGUUGAUUAGAGUAUGUGGUGUUGUGCCAUCUUUAAGAUCUUAAAAAAAUCUGGCAAAAUUAAGUUGGUGUUAUCAUAGUUUAUAUAAAAUACAUUAUUUUUCGGUAUUGUUGGCAAAGUUUCUUACAUGCAGAAAACUGUUUAGUAAUGUUUUUAUGGUUGUGGUAUCCUAAAUUGAUUACUAAACACUUUGGCGAGCAGAGGGCUUUCUCCUUUUUGCAUGUGCACAUUUCUGUGAUUUAGGACUUAACACACUAAUUGUUUGUCCCAUUCAAAGCAGAUCUGUUCUCGUAAUAUUUCAUUCUUGGUUAUUUGACUGGGCAAAUGUUAAAUGUACUCUUGACAAAUUAAUUUGGGUGGUGUCCCGUUACAUUCAUUACAUUUUUAUAUUUUGCUUUGAUAUGCAAGACACAAAGUUCGUUUUGCAAAUGCUUGCUGCUAUGCUGCUGCAAGAAAUUUUCUUAUAGAGGAGGAAUAUUACUUAUAUAUAUAUAUAUAUAUACACAAAUUUUUUUUAAGUUUGUAAGUUCAGCAUGAUAGAUCUACCUAGCUGUGAUUUCCAAAAUAAAACUACUAAUAUCAAAGGCAUUGAAUAUGGUCAGCAAAAAGUGUUUAUGGUGACAAAACUGAUAACGAUGAUAGAUGGAUUGUUAAAAAAUAUCUAGGGGACCAAAUAAUUUUUUUGUGUAACCCUUUUCAGAGGUCUGCCUCACUGUUUUCAUAGCUCAGGAUGUGUAUGUUUCCUUUUCAUCAUCUUUACAAUAUGAAUGCUGCUCUACACUGAAUGUCUCGUAUGGGCUUUUGUGUUGGGUAUCAGUUGUAGUGGUUAAUCCUGCUGUUAGGGUCGUCCUAAAAAAACUAGAACUACUUUGAGCACAGAAAUGUGUUAAUUUGUAUGUCCGAUGCUAAUAAAGCACAUUACACACU